UGUUGUCAGUCACUUUCCCAGUGAACAGACGGCAGCAGGAGGAGGAGCAGACACUGUAAUCCUCCCACUCCUCCCUCUCCUCCACCACCACCUCCUCCACCUCCACCACCCGUCUCCAAAAAAAGAAUCUUCAGGCAGGAAAAGAGAAAGAGAAAGAAGAGGAGGAGGAGGAGGAGAAAACCUCGCGGGACACUUCCUCUCCUUCUGGAUUUUAUAAAAAUCUUCAUCCACACCCAGACUGAUGCGCGCGGACACACGCAUCUGACUCCAUUUGUAGGUAUCAUCAUCAUCAUCAGCAGCAGCAGCAGUGGAUGGAGAUGCGCUGAGAAGGCGGAGGAGGAGGAAUUAUGAUGAUGAUGAUGGUGGUGGUGAUAUAGCAGGUGCUGCAGGCUCGUGCCGCAUUAUUGCCUGUCCGCCGCCAGCGACGCCGAGGAGAGAGGUGAUGGUGUCGUCGUCGUCAUUGUGCCACAGAGGAGGAUGAGGAUGAUGAUGAUGAGGAUGAUGGAGGGACGAAGAAGAAGCGGCUGUCUGAGCUCAGGCCGCCCGGAUCAGCAGGUUGGACGCGCAGCCUGAAAGAAAAACUAAACCAAAACCAAACCAAAAAAAAGGAAAAGUAAAAAAUUAGGUGGAAGUGGAUUUUUUUUUUUUUGCAGGUGUGUAAAAGUGAAGAUGUUUCACAGGAGCAUCAGCAGCAGAGUGUGUGUCAGUUCAGGGUGGAUUACAGAGCAUCAGCAGCAGCAUCAGCAUCAGCAGCAGCAGAAUCAGCAUCAGCAUCAUCAGGAGCAUCAGGCGCAUCAGGCCUCCAUCUGAAGUGAUCAGGAAACCUCUCUCUCAUACUCUUUACUUCUUCUCAUCGUUGCCUGUGGAAGCAGAAGAUGACUCACCUGCAGGCCGGUCUCUCUCCAGAGACGCUGGAGAAGGCCAAGGUGGAGCUCAAGGAAAACCCGGAGACCCUGCACCAGGACAUCCAGGAGGUCCGGGACAUGAUCAUCACGCGGCCGGACAUCGGGUUCCUCAGGACGGACGACGCCUUCAUCCUCAGGUUCCUCCGGGCGAGGAAGUUCAACCACUUUGAGGCAUUCCGCCUGCUGGCCCAGUACUUUGAGUACCGGCAGCAGAACCUGGACAUGUUCAAGAACCUGAAGGCCACAGACCCGGGGAUCAAGCAGGCACUGAAGGACGGGUUCCCCGGUGUCCUCUCCAACAUGGACAGACACGGCAGGAAAAUACUUGUCCUGUUUGCAGCAAACUGGGACCAGAGCAGAUACACGUUUGUGGACAUACUGCGAGCCAUCCUCCUCUCACUGGAGUCUAUGAUCGAGGAUCCCGAGCUGCAGGUCAACGGCUUCAUCCUCAUCAUCGACUGGAGCAACUUCACCUUCAAGCAGGCGUCAAAGCUGACGCCCAGCAUGUUGCGACUUGCCAUCGAGGGGCUGCAGGACAGUUUUCCUGCCAGAUUUGGAGGAAUUCACUUUGUGAACCAGCCGUGGUACAUCCACGCUCUCUACACCGUCAUACGACCCUUCCUCAAAGACAAGACCAGGAAGAGGAUCUUCAUGCACGGUAACAACCUGAACAGCCUCCACCAGCUCAUCCACCCCGAGAUCCUGCCGUCAGAGCUCGGUGGAAUGAUGCCGCCGUACGACAUGGGCACGUGGGCGCGAGCGCUGCUGGACCAUGCCUACGACGAGGAGACGGACUACUGUCCGGAGUCCUACACGCUGUCUGUACAAGACCUGGAGAGAGACCUGGAGAAAAACAUGUCCCCGAAAACCAUGAAGAGGUCUCAGUCGGUGGUCGAGCCCGGCGUCCUGAAACGACCAGACAAAGUCAAGAGCGAGGAGGACAACAUGCAGCCGCUGCUGUCGCUGGACUAAACCAUCCCCGAAAUCCCCAAUCCAAUCAGUAUUUACACACACACAUUAACUCUCCUGUGGAUUUUUGUGUGUGCACACACUGUCGGCGACACACACUCCACUCCUGAAAAGGCGAACGCUGCUGCUGCUGGAUUCUCGUUUCUUCCACAAUUUCAGAAAGGAACUUAUGUGAAGCAGACAAAUUGGACAAGUGGGACGUUUCCUCAGACUGAAGGGGCUUCUAAUGGUGUUCUUGCUAUAUAUAUUUAUUUAUUUUGAUUAUUUGUCAAGUGCCAAUUGAAAAAAGACAAAACAAAACUGUAAAUUAACAUCUUUAAAUAGUCCAGCAGGAGCGAGGAGGCGUCAGGUCGAAGACGUCCACAGAGAACUGUGAAGGUGCCACAUACUGAAUGUGUGAAAGCACCAUUUCCUGCAGUUGUGAAGUGUGCGGUCGAGGAUGGAUGUGGAAACCUGG